AUGGAAAAGAAACAUAAGCGUAACUAUAAAGCAUGCUUAAAUUGUAGAGUUCGAAAAGUCAAAUGUGAUCUUGGAUCUGUUGAUAAUCCUACUGAUGGAAAAUGUGCUCGAUGUAGAAGAGAAAGAAAAGAUUGUGUGUUUGUAGAGAGUAAAAGAGGUGGACAUGCUAACAUUGUUAAUGGUAGAAGAAAGAAAGAAUUGGAAUUGACUGAUGAUUAUCAAUUACCUUCAGUAUCUAAUAUCCUUAAACCAGAUUAUCAAGCUUAUCGGGGUAACAUGAAUCAAAUGCCAUUACCUCAAACCUCACUAACUUCAUCAUCAUCAUCGUUAGUAUCACCAUCUCCUCAAGCUUACUAUGAAAGAACAUCCCAAUCGCCUGUAGAAACCACCCAACCUUCAAAUUACGCUUCAUCGGGGCAAAAAAGUGAAGAAGGUCAUUUCUCAACUAUGGAAGGUGCUUUGGUGUACCUCGCUAAAGCUGCAGGGACUAUAGCUAAAGCUGAUGAAAGAGAUAAUAUCGAUGCUAGUAAACGUCAUCAACAGUUGGAAGAAAACUUGAACGAUUCCAAAUACAAAGAAUUGAUCACUGAAGAUAAUCCCAAUUCCUCAGCUAUUCCGAAACAUAUUCAAGACCAAUCGAAUUAUCUUAGUAUCCCUAUAACCCAUGAGUUUUCUAUUAGACCAAAGGGUGAAAAUAAAUUAUCAAACAUCGAUUAUAUUGGAGCCAAUGGGCUUUUGACGGAGUUUGAAGCAGAAAUGUUGAUAAAUCUUUUCUUCACUACCAUGCAUCCAUACUUCCCUCAUAUCCCCCAAUUUCUUCAUAAACCUCAAGUGUUAGCUGGUUAUCCUAUCUUAUUAUGUGCUAUCUUAACCAUAGCUUCAAGAUAUCAUUCAUUGGAUGAUAAUCCCAACGAUAUAACUACAGGGAAUGUUGAAGGAGUGCCUAGGAAUAUUGAAAUUCAUGAUAAAUUAUGGUUAUAUGUUCAAAGAUUGAUAUCACAAACUGUUUGGGCUGAAGCUAGUACCAGAUCAAUUGGAACUAUUUUUGCAUUUUUACUUCUCACUGAAUGGAAUCCUCGUGCCAUUCAUUGGAGAUGGAGUGAUUAUGCUAAUGUUCCGGAAGAAAACCUGGGUCAAUCUAAAGAUAAUUUGGCAGGUCUUGGAGCUAUGAGAAGAAGUUAUAGAAUGGCAUGGAUGUUAAUUGGUUCAGCUGUAAGAUUAUCUCAAGAUAUGGGAUUUAUGGAAGUUAGUCCCAAAACUUUCCUUGCUACUCAUGUUAGUGAGAUUAAUAGUGUGAUGAAUAUCAGUAGAAGAUCUAUGUUAUCUCAUUCACUUAGUGAAAUAGAAAUCGAUGAUGAUGUAAAUGUUGAUGAGAAUUUCGAUGAAGAUGAUAAGGUUCUAGAUAUGGAUGAAGAAGAGAUUAAAGAAUAUUCUUUACAACAACCAUUAAAGUUUUCUGAACGUCAAAGAGCUAAGAUUGAACUCUUACAAAUCAUGUCAUUGAGUCAUGAAUCAUUAUAUGGAUAUAAAGCACAAUUAGGUUCAUUGAGUCAAAGGCAAAAUCUUGCUAUUUUGAAUGUCAUCAGUCCAUUAUUGAAUAAUUGGGAUAAGAAAUAUCGUCAUCUUAUGAAACCAACCACUCCUAAGAACUACAACUUGAGUAAUAACUCCAAUGCUUUCUUAGAUCAGAAUUCCAAGAAUGCUAAAGAAUUAUUCGAAUGUAUUGAAUUUGAAGGUUUCAUCUUUGAGUUCAAUUAUGCUAAGUUAUAUAUCUUUUCCUUAGCUUUAUCGUCAUCGCCGAAAACAGAAACCGAUACUUCCAAAAAGAAGCAGAAGAAGGUUAAUUUGAAGUUGGAUGAAAUUUCCAAGUCGGCUAAAUACAUUGAACAUGCAUUCUUCGCUGCCAAUGAGAUGUUACUGGUAGCUCAUAGAGUUCAUAAGCUUAAGGUAUUAAGGUUCAUGCCCGUAAGAUGGGUAACCAGAAUCGUUAGAGCUGUGGCUUUUAUAGUGAAAUGUUAUUUAACUAUAGCUGCCCAUAAAAAGCUGACUAAAAACCAUAAUCAAUUGGAUUCAUCGUUUGCUAAUUUCGAUGCAACGAUUUUGUCCUUAUCAUUGAUUCCAGUUGAUGAAAUCAUGUCAUCGAUUCAAAAGGCUGCUAUAACAUUACGUGAUUGUUCUCCGGAUGAAUUACAUCUUUGUACUAGAUAUUCCAAUGUGUUGAUGUAUUUAUGUUCAGAGAUGAAGACCAAUUCUAAGAAUUUCAAUGAUGAAGGAAUUAACUUUUCUGGUCCUAAAUACGACACCCUUCAACGUGAUCAUAGUAGUAUGAGCGUCAAUACGACAUUCUACCAACCACCGGAAACUUCAACUAACACCACGGUGAAUACCCCAGAGAAUUUGAAAGAAGAAGUAUCUACUCCAUUACAAAAUCUUAUUGGUGAUAGUGAAGUGAUGGAAUGGUUUCUUAAUAAUAGGAAUAUUGGGUUGGAUUUCGUAGCUCCUUGGACAGAAAUGAUAGAACAACAAUUGAAUUCAAGUGAUCAAUUCAAUUUCGAUAAUGCUAUGAUGUGA